CAUGCAAAACAGUAUAGAGGAAAUGCUCUUAUCGGUUUACUAUAGCGAUUCGUUUCUCUCUCUCCCCUCCAAGAUGACACAAUGCUGGGGAGGAUGACGACAACAACAUGAUGAUAUAAAAAUGAUGCCCAGUGAUCAGUUGGAUCAUACAAUCAUCAGGAUUCAUCUCUUGAUUUUUUAACAGCGACACUUCAGUGUAACUUCAUCAAAAUGAAGUCUCUGUUUCUGUGGAUGAGUGGGCUUCUGUUCCUCAGCCUCACCGGAGCACAAGACCUCAAACACUUUCCGGAACACUUUGUGGUGGCAAAAAAGAAUGAUGCAAAUCCAGUCACGCUGUCCUGCCGUACCAAUAUCGAAGGAGAUGUCACAUGGAAAUUUCAGCUGGAGGAUGUCGACAUCGAGGAGAAUAUCCAGCAGAACGGUCUGAAUCUCUCCGUGUCAGCGGUAGAUAUGCCCAUGUUGGGAAAAUACAGCUGCUGGAGAGGAGAAGAAAUGUUAUCAUCAACCUAUCUGCUGCUGGAGGCUGAGGAGUCUGAUUAUCUCUCUUGUCGGGCAAAGUCUUAUGACUGUAACUUCAGCUGUGUCUGGAUCGACAAACGACAAACCGCAGUGCGCCUUGGACUGGGCCGUGAAUGCAGUGAAGGUGGGAAGACGUGUGAUUGGGUCAGCAGUGAUCAGAAGGAUGGGAGAUUCCAGUUUGAGCUGAACCACUCGCUCUCACCCUACACUGAGGAAAGCACCCAGCUGGAGGUCACCGUGGAGGCCAUCGUUGAACUCUCCGUCCUCAGAAAGACCAAGAGAUUUUAUCUCAGAGACAUCAUUGAACCUGACAGUCCCAGCAUUGUGAGGUGUCAGGAGGGGAAGGAGGACCUGAACGUCACCAUCGAUGCACCAUCCAACUGGUCCACUCCGCUCAGCUACUUCAGCCUGGAGCACCAAAUUGAAUACGUUUUAAAAGAUGAUGGCAAGACUGGACGUUCUUCUUCUGUUCUGAUACCGAAGAGGAUCAGCAAGCUGAGGGUUCGCUCCAGAGACGCAGUGGUGCUCUCAGCCUGGAGCCAGUGGACUGCCUGGAAAAAUGUGAUUACAGGGAAAGAUAAACUCUGCAAAUGCAAAAACAAAGCAAAGAUAUGCUGCUCAGAGUUGCCAUCUGAGUACUUGGAAAACUGCAAGAACAGAAAAGGAAGAAAAAAAGGGAAAAAAAGUGCUAAGAAGACUUUAAAAUACAAUGCUUAAUAAAUAACAUCCAUUGCAACUGGGGCCAUGCUGGUGUACAAACACCUUUGUUUGGAAAUAACGUAAAUGUGGAUGUAUAUUUGUAUACAUGUUUUUAGGGAUAAUGCAAACACAUCUAGCCGUGCAAUAAAUCUAUACCUUCAUGAGCAUUAAUUUCA